GUUUGCAUGGAUCGUGUUACUGGCUGCUCUCCGCGCACCGCUGAGCCCACUACCACCACCACCACCACCACCACCACCUCCUCUGCGCCAAUCACAGCCUUGCCUGCACUUCACCUACGCGCACGUGCACGCAGACACGGACCCCCGACACACACACACACACACACACGGCGAUCAGUCGCUCCGGUUCUCCUCCGCUGCUGCCUUCACAUGCGACUCCACGCCGACUCCGCAGCGUAGCUCUGGCUGCGCCAAGAUGAGCGGUCCUCCCGGUGCCAUCUGAACGUCUCACCGCCUCACUGACCCAGAGACAGAGAGAGAGAGACAGAGAGACAGAGAGAGAGAGACAGAGAGACACACAGAGAGAGAGAGAGACCAUCGUUCCUCUCACAGUCACAACCCAUCCUCCUCCGUUCGUUUGGAAGAGACCGCAGCGCAAAGAUCUUUUCUUUUUUUCCACCCUCUGUUUCCUCCUCCUCCUCCUCCUCCUCUUCUUCUUAUUACUGCAUCCCUCCGUUAUUGUCGCUGUCUCGGUUUUAAAAGGAGAAAACCGGAGAGCCCGGCUGUGAUUUUGUGGAAAUACAUUUUUUUUUCCCUGCUGAGUGUUGGUAGCGCGCAGUCGGUGCGCGCUUUUAGCGAAUUCCGGUGAAUGGUGGAUUUGGCAAACAUGGAGACCGUGGAGAAGGAAUGCGGGGCCCUCGGGGGUCUGUUCCAGGCGAUAGUCAACGACAUGAAGUGCUCCUAUCCUGUGUGGGAGGACUUCAGCGCCAAGGCCACCAAGCUGCAUUCCCAGCUCCGAACCACUGUUCUGGCUGCUGUGGCCUUCCUGGAUGCCUUUCAGAAGGUGGCAGACAUGGCGACCAACACCAGAGGGGCAACCAGAGAUAUCGGUUCGGCUCUGACCAGGAUGUGCAUGAGGCAUCGCAGCAUUGAGGCCAAACUUCGCCAGUUCACCAAUGCUUUGAUGGAGAGUCUGGUCACUCCUCUCCAGGACAAGAUUGAGGACUGGAAGAAGACAGCCACCCAGCUGGAUAAGGAUCAUGCCAAAGAGUACAAGAGGUCACGCCACGAGAUCAAGAAGAAGUCAUCUGACACCAUGAAACUGCAGAAGAAGGCUCGUAAAGAGAUCCAGGGGCGAGUGGACCUGCAGCCUCAGCUGGACAGCGCCAUGCAGGAUGUGACUGACAUGUGUCUGCUGAUGGAGGAGACGGAGAAGCAGGCGGUGCGCCGGGCCCUCGUGGAGGAGAGGGGUCGCUUCUGCACCUUCAUCGGCUUCCUUCAGCCCGUCGUGAACGGAGAGAUCGCCAUGCUGGGAGAGAUCACCCACCUCCAGGCCAUCAUCGAUGACCUCACUGUGCUGACAACCGAUCCUCACAAACUGCCCCCAGCUAGUGAACAGGUGAUUAAGGAUCUGAAGGGGUCCGACUACAGCUGGUCCUAUCAGACCCCUCCCUCAUCCCCAAGCAGCUCUGGCUCCCGCAAGAGCAGCAUGUGCAGCAGCGUCAACAGCGCCCACAGUAGCGCCUCCCGUUCGUCGGGGGGAGGCGGAAGUGGUGGUAUCGGUGGAGGCGGUGGAGGCUCCCUGCCCCACUCACCCACCUCAUCCUCCUCCUCCUCCUCCUAUCGCUACCGCAGCAGCCUGCCGCAUCAGCCUCCGCCACCGGGGGGCAUCGCUGCCCACCGCCUCAGCAGCGUCUCCUCCCACGAUUCGGGCUUCGUGUCCCAGGAUGCCAACAUCUACUCCAAGCCCCCCUCGCCCAUGCCCUCUGACAUCACAAGCCAGAAGUCAUCCAGCUCAGCAUCGUCAGAGGCCUCAGAAACAUGCCAGUCAGUCAGUGAAUGCAGCUCCCCCACCACUGAUUGGUCCAAAGCAGGUCAGUAUGAGCAGCCGGUGGCUGCAGCAGCAGUUCAGAGGAGAAAGGAACCUCUGGAUAGACUGAGGGAGAACGAGAUGUCGCCGGGUUCCCAGGGGUACGCCGGGCCAUCACACCCUGAUGACGCGCAGAGACACAGGAUGACCCCGGCUACCAUCGCUGCCAAGCAUGGAGAGGAGGUUUCUCCAGCAGCCAGUGACCUGGCCAUGGUGCUGACCAGAGGCCUGAGUAUGGAUCAGCAGAAAAGCAACAGAGACUCCCUGCAGUACUCCAGUGGCUACAGCACAGAGACCACAACCCCUUCCUGCUCCGAGGACACAAUUCCUUCGCAAGGUUCAGAUUAUGACUGCUACUCAGUGAACGGUGAUGCUGAAGGCCCAGAUGGACAGACAGAGUUCGACAAGUCCUCCACCAUUCCUCGCCACUCUAACAUCGCUCAGAACUACCGUCGCAUGAUCCAGACGAAGAGGCCAGCGAGCACAGCCGGCCUACCCACCGGGGUUCUUGGUCCCGGGGGUCAUGUGAUACCAGGACAACCUGGUGGGGCGGGUGGAGGCGGGUCAGGUACUCCAGGCACCGCCACCAUCCGCCGAACUCCGUCUACCAAACCGGGCGUGAGGCGCACACUGUCCAACGCGGGGCCUAUCCCCAUCCGACCACCCAUUGUGCCUGUCAAGACACCCACUGUUCCCGGAGACUCGCAUUCACCUGGCGCAGCUGGCGGCGGUUAUGCGGGUGGAGGGCACUCGGGUGGCAUCCCUGUGCGCGUGGGCAGUGAGGAGUGCGUGUUCUACACUGGAGUCGAGGACGCACAGGGAUCGCUCGAUUACGUGAAGGCGUCACCGAAGCGCCUCAGCCUGCCUAACACCGCCUGGGGGUCGGGGGCGGCGUUAGAGGUCUACGCGCAGCAGCACGGAGGCCUCGCAAUGGGAACUGGCUCAGGGGCCGGAUCAGAGGAGGAUCAGAUGAUCGCGGCCAAUCGGCAUAGUCUAGUGGAGAAGAUCGGCGAGUUGGUGGCCAGCGCGCACGCCCUCGGUGAGGGGCAGUUUCCUUUCCCCACCCUCCCCGACGACCCGGCCCUGCCACCAACUGGCAUCGCCGACGAUCAGUUAGGGACAGAGGGUGCGGUAGGGACCGGUGAUAUGUUGACCACCAUCAGGAGAGGAGUCCGCCUUCGCAAGACGGUCUCCAACGACCGCUCGGCGCCACGCAUCUUGUGAUUGGAGCAGAAGCAGGAAGAGGAUGAUACUUGUCAGCCAAUAGGGAGUCAGGUGUUGGUGUGGUGCAACCCAACCGCCUAGUACAUACACAAACACUUAACUAUGUAGGGAAAGCUAUAAUAUAACAAGAAGAUGAAUGAAAACAUACACAAAAAAAACAAGUUUAAAGACACCAUUAGAGUAAAUGAUAUAUAAUAUAAUGAUAAUAAUAACAUUAAUAAUGUUAACUCAUGCUGACAAUUAAAAGUGAAUAUUGACAGGCUCCUAGCAGGCCACUAUAACUAGUGUGUGUUGGACGCAUGUUUGUCUUCUCUACACCUUCACCCAGGGACAAAAAGACUACAGAUAAGAUUAAAAAAAAAGUGGCAAAGAAAGAGAGAAAGACUGGGUUCUGUUUGUCAAUUUACACCCUUUCCCCAUCCUCUCCUCCAACUAACCCGACUGUCUAAUCCCAGAUGAAGGACUGAGGACUGAAGGAGGGCCCUGUGGGGGGCGAGAGAGAGAGGGGUCAGAGUGCCAUGUGACCAGCUGGAUUGGCUGUCUUAGCAGCAACAUACUGUACUUAUUUGCCCACUGAACUGAAGCUUUGGUAUUAGCACGGGGAGCUAACAAGCCAGAGGGUUCCUCUGGUUCAUCCUAAUGUAAAAGAGUCUUUAAAAAAAAUAGUGUUGGCAUUGAACCGUGCUAGUGCCCCCUUCCCCUCUCUCUCUGUGUGUGUUAGUGUGUGCGUGCAUUCAUGUGUAUGCAUGUGGGCAAAUGUGAAAUGUGAGUGCACAUGUGAUUGACUGUGCGUGUGUGUGUGUGUGUGUGUGUGUGUGCGUGUGAGGGGGGUGGGUAGAGCUCUGCUGCAGGACAGCUGGUUACCCAACGAGGGCAGGGCUUUUCUCCUGUGUGUCGUAUACGUGUAUUUUCUUGUUUCUAUCGUGACGUCAUUUACCUUGUUACAACUGUACGAGAAGUUGCGAGAAGUAAUCCAGGCGUAUAGAUAUAUUCAUAUAUAUUUUCUAGAACCAGAGAGAAAAAAAAAAUGUUAAAUCAGAAAUGGAGCAAUAAAUGUGUUUUAUUUUCUUGUUUCCAAGAAGAGGAUCGAUUGGAGGAUUUGCAGGUUCUCCUUUGUCACAUUCAGGCAAUCAUCAGGAAUGCUAAAAUUACACAUCGACUGUGAAUUCAUAGCCUAGCCGCUUUUUUUUGGCGUGCGUCUCUCUCCCUGUCCCUGUCUCUUUCUGGUGGAGGAAAUGGAUUACAAAAAAAACAAACUGUAAAGCACUUUGAUAUAGGUGGUAGAGUAUGUACAAUAGCCACUAGGUGUUGCUGUAGUCAUACUGUAUGGUAGGGAGAGUGAACGUGAGAGAGAUGGUUGCCAAUAAGAGGGGAGGACAUUAUUUAAUUCAUAGAAGUGGAAGAAGUAGAAGACAGGGAGGGACAAAGAGGAAGUGAUACAGAUUGGUGGAAUUGGAGUGAUUGGUCAAAUGAGAGAAGGGAUAAGGAAGUAGAGCAAAAAAUAUUUGUCUAAAAAUGGAUUGGACGUCAGGGCUCUUCAGGGUUCUACAAGCCAUCUCCUGCUGUGGAUUGUGAAGCUUUUUAUGAUGUGGUUGCACUGGUAUCUGAACACAUAAUGCAAAAAAAUACACUGCACUGAUAGGUCGGACUACUUUUGCAUACAGGCUUUAAAGGGUUGGUUGGUGGCAAACAUAUUUUAUAGUCGUAAAGUAUGCAAGAAAAUGUGUUUAUUUGUAAUUUGGGUUCAACAACACUUACAUCAACAAUGGACUUGAAAUAUAUUUGCACAUGUAUAUUAUGUUCAUUGGAUAUACAUUUGCGAGGCAUAAAUUCACUGUUUAGUUUUCAACAUUGAAUGCUGUGGGACUGUAUUUCCAUUGUCCAAAAUACUGUAUAUAAGAAAGUAGUCUUCACUCAUGUUCAUGUGCAAAUACAUAUCAGCUCACCAGCUUAUCUGCAAAUACAUUCUUACCUAUAAAUACUGUAUAUUUUUUGCAUUAUGAGAAAACGGAGUUAAACCUUGAACAUCGCUGAACAACAGUCUUUGACUCCAGUUAAAACUUUCCUCCUUUAUAAAACUUACUUCAAAAAUCUCGAGUUUCAAAAACAAAACACAGUACAGUGGAUUAUAGUAGCAAUAAUGUUACCAUAGGAGGCAAAAAAUUAUGAAAACCAUUGAGAGAACACGUUGGUUGCACAGUGUUAGUAGCUUUGUCUGUGCCCAGGCCUUCAGUUGAGGAUAGGACUGGGCGUUAACAGUGGUUAUCAGCCUCAUAGAUGUGGGUCAGUAGGGGCCUGCUACACCCACCAGUAGGUUUUAUCAUCUAUUCACAUGGUCGAUCACCGAAAGAAGGACUAAAGUAGACGACUAGUAAUUAUCACAGGAGCAAAAGCGGAAGUCAGGCGCUGUACUAUGGACAUUGUGAACACAUGGGAACACGUGUAUUCAGUCACAGAAAGUCAAUGUAGUUCCAGUAAUCAGCUUCUUUUACCGAGUGUUGUGUGAAUGCUACCCCAACAGGGUUCAGCUCAGUUCAGUCGGUGCAACUAACCCAGUGGAGCUCAGGACACGGCUGUAUGAAAGGACUAUUUAUAGACAUUAAGAUGUGUGAAAAAGGUGAAGCCUGUUUAAUGCGCUCGCUGAUGACAAAGAAGCAGGCGGGUUUAAAUUAGACUGUUGAAGCGGACAGAGAGAGGGAGAUAUGUGUGGAAUGAGCAUUUCACUGCCUCUUCAUACAAUAUGUACUGUAUGUGCUGUACUUGUAAAUGAGAAUCAGGCGCACAGAUUUGGUAUAAAGGUUUGUUAGAAAAUAUGACAUGGAAUAUUCAGUUUCAGUAUUUUAUUUUUUUUUUUAAUUCUGCGGUAUUGUUUGAAUAUUUAGUCUUACUUUUAAUUAAUGUAAAAAAACAACAAGAAGAAAAAAAACUCCACUUGUUACGCUGUGUAACAUAUGGAUGUAGGAUGUGUGGGCCGAGAGUGAGUGUGUCCUUGUUUGGCUGGUUGAACUUCAUCAACAUGUCUGUGCGCUCUUCUAGCAGUGACCUGAACAUAGCUGGUCAUCUCUUAACAAGCCCCUUUUUGUUGACGUAUUUCUGAGCACUGUUUUAAACAUAUUUGUGGCCGUUUUAAAAAGAAAAUUAUGAUUUAAUUUAAAGAGAUAGAGAGGAGAAUGUUUGCAAUUUUUUAAACAUCGUCACCCUCUGCCAGCACUUUUCUUUUGUUGAACUUUGAAACAGUGCUUCGGCAAAGGGGAUGAUUUAUUAUAUUUUAUUUGUCCGAGGGGACUUCUGUAUGUGUGAUGUCACAUGUGGAUGCUGUGUGUUGUAUCAGCUGAAUCUGACUGGGUGAGAGGGUGGAAGGGGAGAGCAGCGGGCUUGGACUCCAUCGCCCCCCCAAAAAAAACACAUUUUGGGUGAGAAAAUGUUCAUCUGAAGAGUUUGUGUAAGACCGCCCGUCGAGGUCACACUGUACACGAAUAUACGUACGUAUGCUGAAUGUACUGCAAGGUGAAGGGGGACAUCGAACUGUACAUGUUUGACUCGGUUGACCCAUUGCAAUGUCAGAACUUUGUUCUUGUACAACUGAAUGAAGUUUAAACAGUAGGAAAGCAAUACAGAGAUAGCGUGCAUGUACGUACAUUCACAAUGAUGUUCCAGUGUGGGUAUGUUAAAGGAAAAUACCACUGUUUUGUCCACUCUAUAGGAUACCUGUGUUCCCCAUCUAAAAGAUAUGGCUCUGAUGGUAUGAUUUGGAGUUUAGACACCCUUUACUAUACGUCCGAGGACACUGCAAGAGCCGAUUCCACUAGUCUGAAUGUGUAUGUGCUGUAUGUUUAUUAAUUCCAGUGCAAACUGAAUUCACUGCCAGUUAUCUAAAGUAAGUUAUUGCUUGAUUAAAGGGUUUAUAACGCCCUGCAGGACAGAAACGCUGCUUAAUUCCAAAUGAUGGAUAACAACUCAGGACAAGACCAUGCAGGACAAAAUUGUUGGGUUUUCACAUCGGAUGUGAGAUCAAACUGCACACACUGGCUAUAGGAUGAGUGUGAGAUGAGAGACAACACUGCUAUUUUCCUUUAAAAUGCCCUGUUAACAGCACAAAAAGUUAUCUAACUAAACAAUAAUGUCUUUUUUUUAACAUGCUGAAUUAACUGUGUACUGAACUAACUGUCUGAACAAGCUGAAAUAACUACUCUGCUACAGAUGUGUCAAUAUGCCCAUUUUUACGAGUGUAUGUGUACUGUAUGUGGGUAGAAGUAGGCCUACCGGCACGUUGGCAGAGCAGGGGCUACAACGAAAACAGGACACCCAGUAGGAACAUACAUACAUACAGCCAGAUUUACAUGCGUGCAGGCAUGCGUGCGUACACACACAUCAUAGGACAUACACACAAAACAAUCCCUUCUUCCUCAACUGAGAAAACUACACAGUCCUAACUACUGUACAGUAUGUCCAAAAUGAACUAGUUCUGUAAAAAGUAAAAUUUUAACAUUCAUUUCAUACUUUUAUUGAGUUAAAAGGUUAAAAAUAUCCCAGCUGAACUUUCAGUGAUAUUUUAAUUUCUUUUGCUAUAAGCUGUCUUGUUGCCAAGCAAGGCUAGCAUGUGAGCUAGACAUCUAUAUUAGUACAAACGUGGAACAUGGUACAUUUCUUUCAAGUUACAGGCAGUAACAUACAGUAUGCACACUUGAUUCAAAGUUGAAAUAAUAACAGAAAAUGCUGUGUCUCUUUACAUACAGGUAGCCCGACAGACUUAAUAGUGCUGUUGAGUAUUAGGUAUGUACCUAUGACUAAUAUGAGCUCACGGUCAAAUGUUAAAAUAAGUGUUUGGGAAAUAUCUGCAUGCAGAUGGCUAGCUUAGCUUAGCAUAAAAACUGGAAGCACAGGGAACCAGCUAGCCUAGCUUUGUCCAAAAUUAAAGUGGCAAUAAACAAGUUUUUUGCUUUAAAGGGGACAUAUCAUGAAAAACAUACAUUUGGGUAUCUGGAGUGCCACUGUGUUGUGUCCUGUGUUGUCGAUCGGAAAAUGUAUAGCGCUGCGGUUGACUUUGCGACAGUGGCGCCAACAAUAAUACCACUUGGAAACAAUAUGGUAGGAAAAGUUAAAAACAUGUCUAUUGCCACUUUAUAUAGACCAUCUCAUAACUAAUUAACACAAAAUAUUUGUUUGCGUAAUUCGCACAAAUUAAGAGGAGUAAAAACGACCCAUUGUGGUUUUACGGGGAGUUAAUGCGCUGAUGUGCAAUGACUUCCUGGAGUCUCUGUGACAAGACUUUAGGAAGAAAGAAAUCAAAUAACUCCUGCUAAAAAGCUAAUUUUCCAAAAUGUUGAGCUAUUCCUUUAACUUAACUUACAGUAGGAUUGAGACGGAAACACUCAACAGCACCAUUGUCUGAAAAGCCUAGAGGUGUAGGCCUACAAAAACUACCAUUUAGACAACAUUCAAAUUUGUGUUUCAACACUCACGUAUAUGUAUGGAGACUUUUUUUUACACCGAUGUAUCCCUCUCUUCUUUUUCCUCUCUAUCUCUAUCCUCCUCUCUUCUCACCUCCAUUCACUGGCGCAGUACACCCAGGGAUGCCGUCUAGCUGACAAGUUAGAAAAUGCUGCUUGUCAUGAUGAGAGUCCCAUCGGCUGUACUCGGUCUCAUUGUGCCUCGCAGCCCAUCAAAGCUAAUGAAACAUAAUUCUGAUGAAGCCUUUAUUUACACCACAGUCAAUAUGAGCUCAGCUCUGCCUCUCUCUCUCUCUCUCUGUUCAUCCCCCCUUCACUCUCUUCCCUCUCCUCUCCCCUUGUGUGUGUGUGUCUGUAUGUCGGUAUGCAUGUGUGCCACGGUUCAGAUGUCAGUGUGUGUGUGGUAAUGGCUAACGGGUGGUAUCGUUAUGAGUCUGGGGUGUGUUGUUCCAAGAAGGGCUGGAAGCAUUAGCCAGGGUAAACGUCUCCCCGCUGUACGCAGUAACGUGAGCUGGUUUCAAGGCAAGCAGCUGGAUGUCUCACACUCCAUCUCAGUGCUAGAUUACAUUUUAAUGAAUUUUGAUCAUCUUGUUGGCAUCAUCUCACAGGCAGCUUAUAUUACUUUGAUGGUUACUUGGUGAGCUUCUAACCAAGAAACCUAAGCACGCAAGAGUGAGCAGUAAUUCAUCAUGCAGUGGGACUUUUUACCCACAUUGCCAUUACAAGAAAUCUGCCGGGGUUUAAAGCACAGGGUUGGUAAAUCCAUCGACACACUGUAUCUUAAUCAAUAUAGAGUGUUGGUCCUUCUGUUAAAUUGAGAUAAACUGGCUAAAAUAAAAAAAAAGCAUUCAAAGGGAGACUAGGCAACUUUUGUUGGACAACUGCCACUGUGACCAUAAGUGACAAUUACAGCAUAAUGCUAAAUGCUAAGAUGUAAUGGAACGUUAGCACAAGAUGGGAAGAAUUGUAAAGUAAAAAAACUGGCUUAGCAAUGUCAAUAAAAUAAAAUAAAUCUAUUAGUUAUCGGUAAAACCAGACCAAUCAAGGCUGUAGAAGAAAAUCCUGAGUCUAUUGAACCGAGCAAAAGUUUGUUUCAUCGCCCAUUAAUUUAACUUUUCAUAAGUAAGAGGAACAAAUCUUAUUUUAAUGAUGCAGUGUGUAGGAUUUGGUGGCAUCUAGUGGUGAAGUUGCAGAUUGCAACCAACUUCUGCCAAUCGUGUAAGAGAACUACGGCGGCUCUGUGAAGAGGUAGGGUCUAGAAGGGAACCAGCAAACUGGGGAAACUCGAAAUUGUUAAGUUUAGGUAUUGACCUCAAAUAGUUAAGGUGUGGGUAGGUCGUCGGGCAGCGAGUCUCGCAAGAGAUUUUCUACGUUUUUGCAAGUCUCAGAUCAGAUUCCGCAAAUUGCGAAUUUCACGACCUUGUGAAGAUGAUCUGUUUGUAGAUAUAAACAGCUCAUUCUAAGCUAACGAAAACACAAUGGUUCUUAUAUUCCGGUGAUUCUACACUAAAGAAAACAUAUGUAUUGUUAUUAUGUUCCAUUUCUGCCAAUGGAUAGGGGGAAAUGCUAUCACACUGUUCCUUUAAGUAGACAUUAAAAACAAGAUUAUAUGUCAAAGUCUUAAUUUAAUACUAUACAUUAUCAAAUCACUUUAAAAGUCAAAGUUUUCAACAUAUAGGGGGUAUUGUAAAAGCGCUCAAAAUGCAUCUGCAUUUUCAUAGUACAGAAACUUAUCAACCCAUGUAGCCAUGGUUCUGCUUUUGAUUCCACUGUUCUCUCUGUACUAAAUUUUGGCACUGCUCAGGAUGUGAUACUAAAUCCAUAUCUUGCAUAACAUUCCUUGCAAGCCAGUAAAAACACACAUUACUGCUCCAGUAAUCGGCAAUUCUCCAACCACGGUUUGAGCUAUUCCUUCUGUAGACGUUUUUACAAUAACGUUAUAGAGAUCAAGGAAGGUUUGAGCAUUCAAUACUUGUCAUUUUUCUGUUGCCAGAUCUGACAGGAUGAAUUAAAAGUAAGGUAAAACAGAAGCUCGGGCUGCCUGUUGAGUGUUGAGCUGAACGUUCAGCUAUGGCCAACUUCUCUCAGCCAGUAAACUUAUUGACCGUCCGCUCCUCCGCUGAGUUUCCCUGGUUACUCAGAUUUAUAGGAAAUUGGCAGACUUCCACUGUGAGCAUUUGCUCGCAGCGUGAACACACCGUUACAAAUCUAUGUGGAAAUGUUGUGGAUAGCAGCCUUUAUUUGUGGUGUGGAAUGCUUCCCUUCAUAACUUUUAUUGCCUCCAAAUAUACUUACUGUGUGUCUUCAAUAAGAUUUAAAAAUGCCAAACACACUGAAGAGCUUUAUCGGACCGAUUCAAUAAGAAUGACCCCCGUGAUGGCCAUUUAAGGGCAACUUGUGUUGUGUUUAUGAUGACAAGUAUUGUGAAUUUGCAUGUAUGUACAACCCACUCCUUUAGCCAUCUGCCCAGGUUAUAAUGAAUGUGUAUGUGUGCAUGAAUGUGUGCAUGCGUGUUGCACAAGGACACUUGGUUAAGACCCCUACUGUUCCUCCCUCCCACCUCCCACACGCAAUCUGUCGAAUCCUUCCUGCUGUCUAAUACUGAAGAAACACGCUACACACACACUCGCACACACACUCGUCUGAAGAAAACAUGACUAAGGUAGAUUCUACAUGAUGGUCCGCUAAAGUCCUCCGGGGGAUCAUGAUGAAACACGUCGCAACUUCCUGUCAUACAGCCAUGCAGAACAGAGGGGCCAAAGUGGCCUCCUGGUGCCACUGUAACUGAACUGAAUGUCUCACCGUCAAUACUCUCAGUGGUGUCGCUCGCUCGCUCGCUCGCUCUCUGUCUCUUCUUCUUCCUCUCCAGCCUCCAAAUGAACUCUACCAUGAAAUCUCUCCACAGCUCACCAUCGAGACGUUGAUAUCAUUUCUAUGGGGCAAUUUUGUUCAAAGGAGAACAUUGUGACAACAUCUGCUUUAUGUUUCUGUACAAACCCAUCUCUUAAUCCUCUCCUCCCUCCCGCGUAGCCCUGCAGGCACUGUGGUCUUGUCUUUCUCUCCUCUUUCUCUCCCCUCUUCUUCUUCUUCUUUAAUUUAUUGUGAGUUGAUUUCCAAGGUUGUUUUGCCUCUGUCGCUGAUGAUACGGUUUUCUUUUUUCCGUCUUCCUUUUUGUAAAAUUGACCCUUUUUUGUUAACUUUAGUCACUGCUAAUGUAACAAAACGCACUGUGAUGAUUCCAGUAUUAAUAAAAGUUGUACUUAAACUGUG